ACCGGAUACUGUGCAGCUUGGCUGGCUGACGAGGCGGCGCCGGGGCCCGCGAAUAAUGGCUUGGAGCAUCGCAAGGCAGUCGGAGCGCCUGCGACGUGCGACUGGGUUGGAGUGGCUACAUUUCCCGGAUUGAGGCAAUCGGCAACACUGCUCCGACACGAAUGCAAGUUGGCCGCAUUUCGGGCAAGCAAGAUCGAUGCCGAAUGUUGCCCUCGAUCAAGACGUGCGCCGAUCAUAUCCCCUCGGCGCUGUGAUAGACUGGCACUCGUGGCACACUCCGUCGCUAACGACUCGUCUCCUGUGUCUUUGUUGCUCGCAGAAUCAAAAUGGGCAGACUUCACGAGUACCAGGUUGUUGGACGCAGACUCCCCAAGGAGGGUGCCGAGGCCCCCAAGCUCUGGCGCAUGCGCCUCUUUGCCCCCAACGAGGUUGUUGCCAAGUCUCGUUUCUGGUACUUCAUCAAGCAGGCCCACAAGGUCAAGCCCUCUUCUGGCGAGAUCGUCUCGGUCAACGAGAUCUUCGACCGAUCUCCCCUGAAGGUCAAGAACUUUGGCAUCUGGCUCCGCUACAACUCUCGCUCCGGCACCCACAACAUGUACAAGGAGUACCGUGAGCUGACCCGCAGCGAUGCCGUCGAGGCCUGCUACCAGGAUAUGGCUGCUCGCCACCGUGCCCGCUUCCACUCGAUCCACAUCAUCAAGGUCGCCCACGUCAAGGAUGCCGAUGUCCGCCGUGCCAACAUCAAGCAGGUUGCUGACCCCAAGGUCCGCUUCCCUCUUCCCCACCGCGUCCUCCGCCCCUCGAGCAAGCGCUUCGUCAAGACCUUCAUUGCCAACCGCCCCUCUACUUUCGCUUGAAGAGUGUGCGCUGACAAUAAACAUUGGUUUCGAUAAUUUCAACCCACGAUUUGAUGUGUUUUGCUAUUCCGAUGAUGUGAGCUUCUUGCCCAUCUGUAAGCAACACGGUUUUCCUGUGGAAAGACACUUGUCCUCUGUCCCAGCGCGA